AGUGCUUGGCCGCCAGAGCGGGGGAGGGGUUUUCCGUUUCUUUCUCCGUCCCUCAGCGUGAGAGAAAAGGCGAAUCUGUGAGGCGGCCGCGGGAGGUUUUUUGUUAUUGGCCGUGCCCAGAAGUGGCAAAAAGCCUUCAGGAUCCUUGUCCUGGAGAAAAAUUGCUGCCUGACCCAAAGUGGUGGUCAUCAUUUCCCUGGAUAUCUCUGCUGAAACUGGAUGAAGAAGAAUGGAUAUGGGUAACCAACAUCCCUCCAUUAAGCGGUUACAAGAAAUACAGAAGGAAAUCAAAGAGUUUGAACCACAAGUAGCAGCCUUCAGUGGUUUGUCUGCUGACAGAGCUUACAAGAAACUAGAGAGGACUUUGACUAAGCAACUUUUUGAAAUAGAUUCAGUGGACACAGAAGGCCGAGGGGAUGUUCAGCAAGCCAGAAAGCGAGCUGCCCAGGAAAUUGAGAGGCUGCUUAGAGAGCUGGAGCAGAAUGCGAAUCACCCCCAGAGGCUGGAGUUAGAGUCCAUAUUUAAGGAAGCACAAGCACUGGUGGAGCACGAAAUCACAGGUUUUUAUGAAGGAGGCAAUUGCAUCACUGAGGAAUUUGAUGAGGCUAUUCAGGAUAUCAUCUUUAGGCUCACUCAGGUGAAAACUGGAGGGAAACCCUCCCUACAGAAAGCCAGGUCCCGCACGCUGACCAAAGUCUGUGCCGUUCAAGAGAUCAUAGAUAACUGUGCGAAGCAGCAGCCUUCUUUGCCGCUGUCCGCUGACGCACAUCCUUCUGUCGCUAAGAUUAACUCUGCACUUGAUGAGCUGACCUUCAACGUGGCACGAAACAGCAUAGCACGAAACAAUAAGUAA